AUGGCAUCGCGUCACGAUGGCAUCGAUUCGGAGGAUUGGCCGGAGGAGAGUCUCAGUCGCAGGUCGUCGCUGUUGCACGGCCGCGGACUGAUCGCCGACCAGGGGUUGAAUACGGGCGUGCGAGUGAUGGACGAUGGCCGCCUCGACAUCAACUUCCAUAAGCGCAAGCCCCUCCUGGGUAAGCUACAGAAACACCUGCAGACCGCACCGUACGACCGCCGUCCGUCCGCGAUCCACGCGACCGAGGAGAAGGAGCAUUUCCCGCUGCGCCUGAACAUCGUCAUCCAAGUCGUCGGGUCGCAGGGCGACGUCCAGCCGUUUGUCAUCCUGGGCAAGGAGCUGAAGAAGCAUGGGCACCGCGUGCGCCUGGCGACGCAUCUUUCAUUCAACGAAUAUGUCAACGAGCAGGGGUUGGAGUUCUUCAACAUCGGCGGCGAUCCCGCCGAGCUGAUGGCGUUCAUGGUCAAGAAUCCCGGGUUGAUGCCGGACAUGCGGACGAUCCGCAGCGGCGCGAUCCAGCGCCGCCGACGCGACAUGAAGACCAUCUUCACCGGGUGUUGGCGGUCGUGCUUUGAGACCGGCGACGGGACUGGGCUGCAUCAUAUCCGCGAUGACCCGUGGAGCGACACGGUCGACUAUCGCGACCGCCCGUUUGUCGCGGAUGUGAUCAUUGCGAAUCCGCCGAGCUUUGCGCAUAUCAGCUGCGCGGAAAAGCUCGGCAUCCCGCUGAAUAUGAUGUUUACAAUGCCGUGGACGGCGACGCAGGCGUUUCCUCAUCCGCUGGCGAACAUCCGGUCGGGAAAUACGAAGCCCUCCGCUGCGAACUUCGCGUCCUACGCGAUCGUCGAGAUCAUGAUGUGGGAGGGUCUGGGUGACUUGAUCAAUCGGUUUCGCAAGAGAGAGCUGGGCCUGGACCCGUUGGACGCCAUUCGCGCGCCCAGCAUUGCGCACCGUCUGCGCGUGCCCUUUACCUAUCUCUGGUCCCCUGCGCUCCUCCCGAAACCCAAAGAUUGGGACGAUAGUAUCGACGUGUGCGGGUUCCAAUUCUACUCCUCGGGGUCCGAUUACCAGCCCCCGGAGGAACUCGAUGCCUUUCUCAAGGCCGGGCCACCGCCAAUCUAUGUCGGGUUCGGAUCGAUCGUCGUCGACAAUGCGGAGAAGCUCACCGAGAUUGUGUUCGAGGCCGUCCGACGCAGCGGCCAGCGCGCGAUAGUGUCAAAGGGAUGGGGGAACAUUGGCGCAGGCGAGACGGAGAUCCCCGACAACAUCCUGCUCAUUGGGAAGUGUCCGCACGACUGGUUGUUCCAGCAUGUGUCGUGUGUGAUCCACCACGGCGGGGCUGGGACGACCGCCGCCGGUCUACUCGCAGGCCGCCCGACCAUCGUCAUCCCGUUCUUUGGUGACCAGCCGUUCUGGGGGUCGAUUGUCGCGCGGGCUGGCGCGGGACCGCUGCCCGUCCCGUACAAGCAGUUGACGGUGGAGAAGCUGACGGAGGCAAUCCAGACGGCGUUGAAGCCGGAGACGCUGGAAAAGGCCGGGGAGAUUGGGGCGGAGAUGCGGAUGGAAAACGGGAUGAAGAAUGCCGUGUCCAGCUUCCACCAACAUCUGGAUAUAGAUAGUCUCCGGUGCUCGCUGUGUCCCAAACGUCCUGCGGUGUGGUUCAUCCAGCAUUCGCAUAUCAAACUCAGUGCGUUCGCGGCGACGGUGCUGGUGGAGACGGGACUGUUGAAGCCGCAUAAUAUCGUACUAUACCGUCCACAGGAGUACGACACGACGCGCGACCCAAAAGGCCCCCUCUCCGCCGGUGCCGAGGUGCUGUAUGGAGUGGUGACGGACUUCAUCAGCGGUCUUGCGUCAGUCCCGAUCGAGAUGUCCGAGGCCGUUUCGUGGAGACAUAACAAUCACUUUUCCGAUCGUGGCCACCAUCGCCACAGACACCACCACCAUCACCGUCAUCCUCCUGAAGACUAUCCCGGGGGUUGUCCCUGUCUGCGAAAGUCCGGCGAGCGAGGCCAAGCGUCCACGGAUCUCACGGGGGGAACACAGGAGAAACAGCCACCGCGGGGCGAAGACCACCUCCAGCGCUGGGAACAGGAAGUCGACCAAGAGGGACACGAAGAUGGAGAAGACUCUACAUCCGAGGAGGGGGAGGAGGGAUCAGACACAAGCUACGAGUCGGCCGAAGAUCGAUUGUCGAAUUCCGAAGGGGCGUCGUCCGAUACCACCGUGGCCGAUCCGGAGGGACUUGGGAAUUGUGGACAAGAACUCGAUCUCGAGAAGACGAUGACUAGACAUCUGUCUAAAGACCUUACUAGCACGCAGAUCGUCCUGUCGGAGACGGGAUACCACGCCGGCAAGUUCGCAAAACAGGUCCUCAAUUGGGUUCUGCUGUUGCCCACAGACUUGACUCUCAGUCUGUCCAAGGGAUUCCACAACGCCCCAAAGCUCUACCACGACAAAACUGUGCUGGACACGCCCAAGGUGCGAGGGGUGCGAAGCGGCUUCAGGGCUGCUGGAACGGAAUUCACACAAAGCUUCUACCAUGGCAUCACCGGCUUGGUCACGCAGCCUGCUCGUGGGUUUUCUGAAACGGGGCCCAAGGGGCUCGUCAAAGGCAUGGGGAAAGGCAUCGGGGGGGUUUUUUUCAAGCCUAUUGGCGGUCUCUGGGGACUCGCCGGCUACCCUCUGAGCGGGAUCCAUAAAAGCCUCCGGAACUCCAUAUCCAAAUCCAAAACCAAGGAAAUUCUCCAGUCGCGACUGGUACAAGGCGUCGAGGAGAUGUGCGCAGCAACGACGGAAGAACGCGCCGAGGUGAUUCGACGAUGGCAUGAGAUCCAGAAACAUGAUCGGGCCAGCGCUCACAGCAAUGGGCAUGCCGGCUGA